UGUUUUGAGAUUUCUCUCCUCACUCAUCAAACCUGUUGAGACUAUCAAGACAUAUCAACCUAUAAACUGAGGGAAGCUAAACUAGAUUUCAAAUUAAAACUCAAGAUGAGUGACUGGGGUGCAUCUUCAGACAAGCCAGGCUCUGUGUUUAAUGAUCUCCGUCUGAAGGGCCUCUUUUGCGACGCAGUCAUCAAAGUGGAGGAUGUGGAGUUUCCCAUCCACAAGAUCAUCCUCUGUCAAUCUAGCUUGUACUUCCGAGCUCUCUUCAUACGCUGGUCCCCACCAGACAUGAAGAUCUUUAGCAUCCGAGGCCUGUCUCCUGACACGAUGGAGAUAAUCAUAGUGUUCGCAUACACCGGCUCUCUCUCUGUGACCGAGGACAACGUGCAGAAGCUGCUGCUAGCAGCCGAUCAGCUCAACAUAAAGGACAUGGUGCGCGCCUGCUGCGACUUCCUGGUGGAGCAACUCAGCCCAGAGAACUGCAUCGGCAUCUGGCAGUUCACCAACAUCUGCCCCUGCUUUGAGCUGCAGAGCAAAGCCUACCAGUUAAUCCUUGAUCACUUUGAGGAAGUUGUUUCCAGUGAAGAGUUUCAGGAUCUCACUGUGCGGGAACUAACUGACAUUAUCGAAAGAGACAACCUCAAUGUAAGCAGGGAGAGUAACGUGUGCAAGGCCAUCUUUCACUGGAUCGCUCACAGACCUGAAGAAAGACAAGGACACCUGCUCCUACUCUUGUCCAAGAUCCGGCUGGCCUUGAUGACUCAGGAUCAGUUGAGGACAACUGUGAUGUCCAAUGAGCUGGUCAGGAGCAAGGCAGAGUGCUUUCAAAUGGUGAAAGAGAUCAUGGACAACAAAGACCGCCUCACCUCGCCUGCACUGUACAUGCGUGACUCUGUCGCUCGUCCUCGCGUGCCUAACGCCAUCCUCUUGGCCAUCGGAGGCUGGAGCGGACCUGAUCCAACUAACAGCAUUGAGGCAUAUGACAUCCGCGCUAACCUGUGGAUCAACCUGACAAUCAAUGAGGAGCGCCCUUGUGCCUAUCACGACACUGCCUUCCUUGACGGGUAUGUCUACUGUGUCGGUGGCUUUGACGGUACGGUGCAUUUCAACACUGUUCGCAGGCUUGAUCUGAGCACGCACACCUGGCAGGAAGUGGCACCCAUGCACUUCCGCCGCUGCUAUGUGUGCAUCGCCGUUCUGAACAGGUGCAUCUAUGCAAUCGGAGGCCAUGAUGGGCAUGUGCGCCUCAGGACUGCGGAGUGCUACAGGCCGGACAACAACCAGUGGACUAUCAUUCCAUCCAUGCAUGAGAUCAGGAGCGACGCCAGCUGCACAACACUCAACAACAAGAUCUACAUUUGUGGAGGUUUCAGUGGGACUCAGUGCCUGGAUACCUGUGAAUAUUACAGCCCAGAAACCAACCAGUGGACUAUGAUCAGCCCAAUGAACAGUCAGCGCACUGGAGUUGGCAUCGUGUCAUAUGCAAACCACAUCUUUGCAGUCGGCGGCUUCAAUGGCAGGAAUCGUCUGCGCAGCGCCGAGGUCUACAAUCCCCUCACCAACGCCUGGCGUGAAUUGUCCUCCAUGUCGACCGGCCGCAGCAACUUCGGCAUCGAAGUGAUCAGUAAUCUGCUCUUUGUUGUGGGUGGCUUCAACGGCCUCACCACCAUCUGUGAUGUCGAGUACUACAACAUAAUGACGGAUGAGUGGUCUGUGGCCUGUAACAUGGAGAUUUUGCGAAGCGCCCUCAGCUGCUGCGUGGUGCACGGACUCCCCAACAUGGCCGAGUACACUUUGUCUCGUUACGCUCGGCCACUCUGAGAAGUGGAGGAAGAAUCCGCCUGACAGUCUGUUUUAUUGUGACUUUUUUUAAAUUGUGUUUUAAUGCAGAUUUAACAUCAGCAUUGAAAAGGUUAAAUACAUUUCACUGAGCAUUAAAACAGCUGCUUCUUUUGAGCUUUC